ACUCACUUGGCUCAUCGUCCCGCUGAAACCUCACACCCAGUUCAUAUACAGUGUUCACUUGGAUCGCAUUUGGCUGCGCGGGGAAGACGAUCCUGCAACCGAUGGAGGCCGUGGCGGCGAGCGUCGUGACAGGAGCGAUGCGGAUCCUCCUGCCCAAGCUCGGCGCCCUGCUGGAGAAGAAGUACAAGCUGUCCAAGAGCGUGAAGAAGGAGAUCGCCUCCUUGAGCCACGAGAUGAGCAGCAUGAGCGCUCUGCUCGUGAAGCUAGCCGAGGCGGACGGCGGCGAGCUCGACGUGCAAGACAGGGUGUGGCGCGACCAGGUGCGCGAGCUGUCCUACGAAAUGGAGGACUGCGUCGACGCCUUCACGGACGACCUUGGCAGCGGCGGCGCCAGGGCCGGGCUCUUGAACGGGCUCAUGAAGCUCAAGGCGCGGUACAAGACUGCCCGCUGGAUCGAAGAACUGAAGUCUCGGGUGGUGGAAGUGAACAAGCGCCACAACAGAUACAAGCUUGAUGACCGGGUUGGUUCUUCUUGUCAGAGCCCUGUGGCCAUUGAUCCUCGGCUACCUGCACUCCAUACGGAGGCAGCCAGCCUUGUCGGCAUAGACGGCCCCAAGGAGAAGCUCGUCGACCUGUUGCUGGGAGAGGAGGAGGAAGAUGGCAAUCACCGGGCACUCAAAGUUGUAGCCAUCACGGGGUUUGGAGGUAUUGGCAAGACAACUCUCGCCAGCCAGGUCCGAGAUAAGAUCAAAGGCCACUUUGAACGCACAGCCUUCGUAUCGGUGUCGCAAAAUCCAAGCAUGAUCGACAUCUUGUUGGAUAUACUCUCACAAAUUGGGGGCUUCUUGCAUUCAUCGAUGAAUAAUAAUGUACCCCGACUCAUCAGCACACUGAAGGCACGUCUCGAUAGCAAGAGAUACCUUAUUGUCAUUGAUGAUAUAUGGACAAUACAAGCAUGGAAUACUAUUAAAUGUGCCUUUGUGGAGAAUAACCUUGCUAGUAGAGUUAUAACAACUACACGUAUUGAAGACAUAGCUCAAGCAUGUUGUUCUUGUUUCCGUGGCCAUGUCUACAAGAUGAAACCACUUAAUAAUCUUGACUCAAGGAGAUUAUUUCAUAGAAGGAUUUUCCCCUCCGAAGAUGCUUGUCCGGAGAAACUAAAGAAUGUUUCUAAUGAAAUUCUAAAUAAAUGUGAAGGAGUUCCGUUAGUUAUAGUAAGUGUAGCUAGCAUUUUGGCUAGUCAUAGAGAGGUAAACUCAAAGGAAUUCUGGGAGAAGAUACAAAAUUAUUUAGGUUUCCAAUUGGAAGGAAACCAUGAUUUGGAAUGGCUGAGACAUGUGCUUAAUCUUGGUUACAUUAAUUUAUCUUUGGACCUUCGGACAUGUAUGCUUUAUCUCGGUAUAUUCCCAGAAAAUUCUGAAAUAAUGAAGGAUGAUUUAGUGAAGAGAUGGAUAGCCGAGGGUCUCGUUCCUGAAAGGCUUGGUUAUGGUCAAGAGGAGACCGCAGAAGAUUUCUUUAAUGAGCUGAUCAAUAGAAACAUGAUCCAAAUAGCAGAGUUUGAUGACUGUGGGCAUGUGUUAUCUUGUCGGGUGCAUGAUGUGAUGCUUGACUUUAUCGUAUGGAAGUCCACGGAAGAAAAUUUCAUCAAUAUAAUUAAGGGAACCCCUACAGUUAAUGAUCCGCAAUACAUGAAAGGGUGUUUGCAGGUUCGUCGGUUAUCCCUACAAGUUAGAAAACCGGAACACAUGGAAUUGCUGGGAAGCAUGGCUCUCACGCAGGCCAGAUCAUUUAACUUUUGGGGGUCUGUUCAAUGGAUGCCCUCUCUGUCUAGGUUUCAACUCCUGCGAGUCCUGCAUCUUGACCUUGGUGUUUAUGAUUCCAAAAAUGAGCAGUGUCUGUCUUUCAUUGGCAGUUUUACCCGACUGAGGUAUUUGAGGAUCAUAGGUGCCGUCUUUAAGAAAGUGCAGAAAGAAAUGCAAAAAUUACAACAUUUGAAGACAUUGGAGAUAGUUGGUGAAAAAAGAGUUGGCCAAGACAGAGAGGAGUUUUUACAAUCUUUACACCUAGAGCUCAAUGUCAGCAAGUUACCAUCGAUGCUGUGGCAUCUGAUUGUUCCAUGCACUGUGAAGCUGCCUGGUGAGAUCAGCAGGAUGAGUGCCCUCCGCACUCUGGGCGAACUCAGCAUAGAUCUCCAAGAUGUGGAGAACAUCAAAGGCCUCGGUGAACUGGAAGAUCUGAGGGACCUGAAGAUACUUGUAGAAAAAGGUGUCCGGGAAGGCGAUUGUGCUGAUCUUGUUCCUUCCCUGAGCAGGCUCAAACGCCUUGAGUCCCUAACCAUCCGUAUGGCUGGAUCCGUCAAAAUUAUUGAUGUCCUGACUUGCUGGUCUCCACCUUCUCCCCAUCUUCGAAGACUACAUGUGCUGGGGCUCCCCUUCUCCACUGUCCACCAAAACUGGAUUAGCCAACUCGACAACCUCAGAAGCUUGAAAAUUCAGGUUGUUUCGCUGCCAGAAGAUGGUGCCGAGGUUCUUGCCAGGCUGACCUCGCUGGUUCACCUUACACUGCAUGUUAGCAAGAAUGUUCCCGAGGAAGGCGUCGUCAUCCGCGCCGCAUCUUUCCCAAACCUCAAGGAUUUCGUGUUCAGAUGUGAAGGGAUUUGCCUCGUCUUCGAGGCAGGGGCCAUGCACAAGCUUGAGAGCCUCACCGUGAAGUGCUGCGAAGAAGCAGAGCGGGUACACGGCUGUGCUGAUUUAUUUGGUAGCAUCGGGCAUCUGGGAAGCCUCAUGUCAUUCAAGCUGGAUAUUUACAAGCUGGGUAUUGUUUUGCAAGCCUAUUCUCCUCCACAGCUUCAAACUGGGGGCCUCGACAGUCUCGCGGCCGCGCUCAGGGAGAAAUAUCCGGGGAUUCCUGACAUUCGCAUUCAGCGCAUGUAAACACGGUACGUAUUUAUAUUACAGGUCCAUUGCAGUGAACAAAUCCACGAUUAUCCUCCACUCAAAUCACGGGAGGUACUAUGGAGUGUGCCUCAGGGCUAAUACAAACCUACUACACUGUUGCCGUGAUGUCAGAUUUCUGGCUCUCGGGCACAUGCAAUCUCGCUAUCAUGACCUUCCAUUUAUUGCUCGGGAUCUGUGUCAAAUUAGUUUCAGAAUGAAAUACUGCUAAAAUACGUGAGUGAAAUAGCUGCCAUGGCACACAUGUGAACAGUGGAUUCACUGACGGUACAUGCUUUGCCAUGUAGGCGUCCAUGUAAUGAACUGCAUGUGCUCCAAUGUAAUGUGUUAUAUGAUACUUCAUCCGUUUGCAAAUAUAAUAUGUUCUAAUUCUUUUC